AUGUUUUUGCUUUCUACAGAUGUGAUCUCGGGACUUUCGCUGCAUUCCGUUGAUCUCGACGACAUUCCGGACGCGAUUAGUCCAAUGAUGGGACGAAGUGGUGCCCAGGAACAUCAGAAUGCAGUGAAUCGUCGGAAAAGCAUUGGCAGCUCAUGCUCGUCGGUUGCUGGCGAAUCGGAUGUGAUGAGCUCGGCGAGCACACACAAACAUGUUGACGAUUAUCCGAUGCAGGUUGACGGCGUCACGGCGGGACGAGCUUCGGCGUUGGCGUCUCUUAUAAGGAUCAUCUCGUCGAAAUCGUCGAAUGAGUGCAUUUCGAAUACGCAAUUGGCCAAUUUCUAUGCGACGGUUUACCAGACGCUGGUUGAGAAAGAUCGCGUCAUGCUGUGCACCAUUUUCUACUACGGACGUAACAUAUUCCGCCUUGGACUCCCCGGAAUCGAGAGCCUUCUUCCCCAUUUUCUGUUCGCUUUGGAUAUUGUGAUGAUCGAAUCAUCCAAACUUCGUCUGCAUCCGUCAAUUGCGGAAGUCGAAAUUCGACGCGCUUGCUUGAAAGCGCUGUCGUCGGUUAUUUGUUGGCCGUCGACGUUUGGCAUGAGCAAAAUUCCCCAAAUUGCGGAUGCCGCUAAUUUGAAGUCGAAUGCAGCGACUUAUUUGCAUCUGAGGCUUAGAAUAUUCAAGACAUUAAUGUUCAGCGUGCGCAAUGAGACGGACCCUGUUAAUUUGCAUAUCGCAUUAGCGUUAUGUGCAGUUCUCGUCGAAGAAAGUUGUACAUUCGAUUUAAGUCUGAAUGAAGAGCAAACAAAGGAGAUGAUUAAGAUUUCAACAGCGGCUAGCGCAUCAGGACAACCCGAAAAAGGUCUUUGCGCUUCCAUUGUUCGCGGUGUGUUGUCGGCGAUUUGCGACAAGUUGGGACGAAUCGAGACGAUUGAUCAUUCGACGGCAUUGGCCAUCAUUGAUGUUCUCAAUUGUAUCUCCCAUGUUCAUCAUACGGUUUUAUUCAAUAAUAUGGAUGUUUCUACGGGUACCCUUGUUAUCGCAUCGCUGUGCCGUUUCAUCGAGCAGCAGCUCAAUAAGCCGCCGCCACUUCAUUCGAAGGAUUUGCACUCGACUGUUGUUUCUGCGUUCAACGCUGUCGCUGUUUGGCUUACCGCCUCCCCAUUGCUUGCUGAAUGCGCCGGAGUUCUUACCACGGUUUGCGAUGUGAUCCAGCUUGGUGUCACCGGUUUUAAAUCGAAGCCUGGAGAGGAGCCGGAUCUGAAUGUCAAACCGAAACCGGCGAGUCAACGCGUUCUAGAGGCGGCUGAAUCGCUCAUGUACAAUUUGUUCUGUGUUGCUGGAAGGCGACCGGAUGUUCUUCGGGAUGAGCGAAGGCUCAUGCACAAGUUUGGAGGCAACGCGAUUGAUUCCAAAAACUUCUUGCAUCUUCUUGUGAAUGGCGACACUUUGCUGUCGCUUCAUGAGGCUUCGCAUAUUAAGGAAUUGGAAGCUGAAAGCGCAUCUGUUCUUUAUGUCCGACGAUCUCCGAUGCAAGGUGCGAACACUGGAAUCGCGAAGCUGCGACCUCGAACUCAAGAACAGGGAACUGCACCACCUCCUACUCCGAUGACCGCUGUUAGUGAAGGAUUUGAAGGUUCGAGCACGCCAACGACGAAAGGCUCAACGACGGUUCAAAAGUCGAUUGGAGAACAGUUUGUGAUACAGCCUGAAUUUUACAAAAAUACGUGCAAACUGGAUACGGUAUUUCGGAAUUUGGAAUCAACUUCGGAAACGGAAGCGAUCGCUGAGGAGAUCAAGCAACAUACGCAGAAUGGAAAAUCGUUUUUCGAUGAGGCUCGACGGAAUAAUAUGUUUGAGAGGAUGAGCAGCGAGGAAAGAAGAGUUAGACCAAUAAGGCCUUCGGACGAUUGUAGCUCAAUUCGCCUGAUGCUCUAUGAUUUUGGGCUUGUGAACGACAAAAUCUUCAAUUCGGAGAUUGUCAUUCUCGACAGCUCGAAAACUGAGCAAUUCUAUCGCGAUAUGCAUGAGAUUGUUGAUUGUAAUCCGUCGCGAUCCCAUCAAACCGCCCACAUAUUCUAUGUGAAAGAAGGUCAACGAAACGCGGUGGAUAUUCUCGAGAACGCGCUCAAUGUGCAGAACACAUGCGCCGAUUUUUGCAAUUUUCUCGCCGAUUUGGGCGAGGGUAUCGAGAUUGGUGUGCAUGACACGUGGACGGGACAUUGGUCGACGGCGUAUUCGAAUGAGAGAAAACCUUACACUGAGCCGGAAGCUGUUGAUCAUUACAUCAUUGAUGGAAUUCAGAAUGCGCUUUGGUGGUGCGAUCAGGUUGGCGGAAGUGCCGAGAUCGCAUUUCUAAUGCCCACGGAGAGAAGCGUUCGGAUGUUCAAACAGAGCAUAAUGUCGCCGGCGACGAGCUCGAGAAGAGGAUCGAACAAUCGCUCGAUUGUCUCUGAUGAUAAAUCGUUUGAUAGCACACAUACCGAUGCGAGCGGGUAUUUGAGCGCGCGGAGGAAUGGCGAGAAGUCCCCGUCGAAUUUGAGCGAUCGCGAUUUUAGGCCGUACGCGGGUGGCGGUUCAAGCAUGGGUGGUGGCCAUCAUAUCAGUCGACGCACAUGUCCGCUUCGUAUGCUUCUUGUUUGGCUUGAACGCGCUGAAGACAUCGCCAAUUUUCCGAUUAGCGAACUUCUCGGAACUUGCGACGAUGGAAAUUCGCUUUUGAGCGUGAAUAAGGCGAAUGAGCAUCAUUCGGCUGCGCCUCAGCAUGUCGCUUACCAGGUGAUGUUCAUUCAUUUGAUUGAGCCUGGCGUUGUGCAAAUUCGCACUCGCGGAACCCCGAAUCGAUUUGGAGAAGCCGGUCCGCUUGUUGAUGGAAUUGUGGUAUCGCAAUCGAAUUUAGCGUCGUUCGUGCGACACACGAUUUUGAACACGUCGAGACGCGAUGUUGCUGAAAUUGAAAACUAUCAAUUUCCGCAUACUCGGCGAAAGCAGGCGAUUGUCGAGUUUGCCAAGAAAUAUGCAUCGAGUACAAACUACGAAGAGUUUCUAAUAAAUAUGAUUCAAAAAUGA